GAGAAUCAGAUCAGAUUUGAUUGCAAUGGCGCGCGGAAAGCUGAUCGUGUUCGAGGGGCUCGACCGCGCCGGGAAAUCGACACAAUGCCAGAUGCUCGUCGAGGCGCUGCAGAAAGACGGGGUGAAGGUUAGGCAUAUGCGGUUCCCUGAUAGGACGACGCCGAUUGGGCAGAUGAUCAACAGCUACCUGAGUGGGCAGAGCGAGCAGGAAGAUCAUGUUAUUCAUUUACUAUUCUCGGCGAACCGAUGGGAAGCAGCUGCGUCCAUACAAGCCGACAUAUCUGCUGGCACUACCGUGAUAAUAGACCGUUAUUACUACUCUGGCUGCGUGUACAGCGCCGCAAAGCACAAUCCCACGCUUUCCCUCGCCUGGGCGCGGCACCCAGAAGUCGGACUCCCGCGUCCGGAUGCCUGUAUAUUCCUUGAUAUAUCUGCCGAAGAUGCUGCGAAACGAGGUGGAUAUGGGACUGAGAAGUAUGAGAAACAGGAGAUGCAGGAUGGGGUAAGGGAGUUGUUCAAUGUUCUGAUGGAGAGCAGCGAGAAGGACGAUUUCGUGAGGAUCGAUGCCGGAGCGAGCUUGGAGGAGGUACAGAGCAGGGUGAAGGCGGCGGUAGAUAGGGUGGUGGAGAAGGUCGAUAAGGAGGAUUUGUCAUUGAGAUCGGUUGAGCCGUGGUGAGGUGGCUGGGCCGUCAUCAUCCAAUCUUGAGUUGAGGGAGAU